AUGUCAGAAGCAUUGAUGACAAUUAAUUUGGAGCCAAAUUGCAUGACAUCUCUCAUGAGGAUUAUGAGUGCCGCCAGAAAUGGAGAGGUUUGGGCCCUUAAGUUCUUUGACGCGCAGCCCCGACCCCCAUCAGGAAUGAUAGACAUGAGUGGACCCACAUUUGGUAAUUACGACCAGUGUUUGAGUAUUGAAAGUCCCGAUGAAGAGGACAAACCUAAGUUUUACGGACAAUACUGUGGAAUGGAUGCCAAGGAUAACAUGGACCUGAAUCCACAUACUAUGCCCCGAGAAUAUCUGGAAAACAUUGGCCAGAAGUUGCCCCAAAACACAGCUUUCAAUUACAAAAACUUUUUCAAUCAAUUCUUUGAGAACUACAGGAAAGUGUUGUAUCGCAUGACUCCCGACGACCUCUUGGAUGGCAUGGAGUUCGCAGAAAACCAAAUGUUUGAUAACAUAAGACUAAUGAACGGACUUUGUUUGCCCACCACUUGUAAUCCUGUAGAAGUGGGCAAAGCUCUCACUGAAUUUUCGUAUCCAAUCACUCGGCUUCCGAUGGUUAUGGAUCACGAUUGCGAUUACGUCGGGAAACCUAUUAAACUCAAUAAAUAUCAAAUGAUAUCAAUGUUAGUGACUUACUGUUAA